AUGGUCAGCCGUUCUCUGAGCUUCUUCCAAAUGGCAGAUCCAGUGUACCAAAUCUCACACCAUGAGCAAGGCAAAGACCAUGUGCCAGUAUCAACACCGCCCAAAGACCAAGCUCUGACACUAGAGAAUUUCUCGCGCGGCCGCCCAUUGCAUGAAGCCCAGUUGCAUUCAUGUGCCCCUCUACAGGAAGAUCAUGAGGAUCAAGCAACUCGAAGACGAAAUGUGCGAAAAAGCAGACGCAGCAGCCCUGUUUCUUCUACAAUACGUCGAGACUUGAUUGAAAGCUCUUCGACCAACGUAACGUGGCCAUCUGGAUCUGCAAACAAACGAUAUACGAGACAGCAGCGUCAGCUUUGUCAAGAAAAGGUCGAUGCAAUCCUCAUCUUGAAAAGUCUUUAUUCACUCCUUGGAGUUCCUGGGGCGGACAUUCCCUUCCGCGCACAGAAUCUGAUUCUUCAAGCCAUGCAACGACACCUUGAAUACCAUGCAUUCCAGUUCGCUCACAAGUGGCUUCGGGGGGAGUCUGUCAUGAAUGGAUGGACGUGUCCAGAGGAGUUGGAACUGCACACAUUUUUCAAAUUCAUGCUGAAAAACCAGAAAAACCUGCAGCUCAGCCCCUACUGUCACGCAGGUAGGGCGGUACAAAAAUGGAAAAGCUCGGUUUCUAAAAUCCGUCACACCGCUGUCCAUCGGCUUAUACAAGACCGUGAAAGUCUUCUCCAGAUGAACCUUGCCGCCAUCGAAUUCGUUAUGUAUAUCAGUGGAUCUUCAAGAUCUGAGAAGCUUCAGCGUCUCUUCGAUUUCCUGGAGACUAGGCUCCCAAAGCCAGACCGGCUUCGAAGGCAGCGAAAACCAGAACCCAAUUCCAAGGCCUCUUUACGCAAGACUCGCCUCGAAAAUCUGAAAUGCCGGUUCAUCUUGCCUCCCGAACCGGUCAAAGAAGUUCUACAAUGGAUUGAAGAACACUUCACUCGGGAAGUGGAACGGUUCCUAAAGGUUGUAUUUCAAUGA